AUGGGCACUGCAAAGUCAAAAACCAAAUUGACAAUGGACAACGGUAAAAAACCAUUAAGUACCGAAAGAACAGCAGUGUACAAAAGAAACAAAAGAAGAGUACUAAGAUAUUUGAAAGCUUUUCCACCAGGAACACCCGGACCUAUUCCAAAACUUUACCUCGAGUCACCGAGACCACCUUUUAGUAUUAAAAAAAUAUUCCUUAGUAUAUAA